AGGGGGAUCAUAUAAAAGUUACACCAUCUAAAUUUCCUUUUCCAACAGUUUGUCAUGAUUCACAAUCAAAAGAUUGGUUUUCUUCAAUCUCACGGUGUUUACGUUGGAAUGAACGUGAACGUCAAAAGAGUUUUGUAGUAGUGGAAGAGGACAAAAGUGAAGAUGAAUAUAAUGAAGAUGAUGAUACAUCAACAAAAGUUAGUGAAUCAAGUGAACAAGAAUCAUCAGAAUAUAAUGAAGUUAAGCUUCAAAACACUCAAGAGGAUCAUAAAUUGGAUUUGAUUAGAAAUAAUAUUAAUGGGAAUAAAAGUAAUAAACAGCUUCAUCGAAAUGAUCAUGCAUUUGCUUGUCUUGGAAAAGAUGUGGAUACCAUAGAAUCGUUUUUAAUUGAUUUGAAAUGUAUCACGAUAAAUACCGUUGAUGAUAUUGAUUUUAUAAAGGUAGAGGUAGACAGUGUCCGAAAUAGAUUUGUUGAGACAACAAGAGAAUUCUAG